AUGUAUUUGAUUCCAGCCAACGCAAUUCAAGUAAUGUAAAGAAUCACCUUAAUGGGUUGGCAAUAUAAGCCAGGUCCGCCCUCACACACACUUACAGAAAGGGCUCCAUUCACAUCACACCUGGGACAAGAUCCUAGCAAGACGUUCGUAAAGGUUAACAAUGUUAGUCACUGAUAUACUGGCCGCUUCUGACAUUAGCAACGCCAUUAAAGAAUGCCAGGCACUUGAAUCCUUCGAUUUCAAGAAAUUCUUUCAGACUUCUGGUCUAUCUCGAAAGUCUGCAGACGAAAUCAAAAAUGUUUUCCUGGCCAUGGACGAUGACGACAGUGGCUACAUAGAACUGGACGAGUUGAAGUUCUUCCUGCAGAGGUUCUCUCCAAUUGCUAGGGUGCUGACUGAGGCUGAGACUGAGGCAUUCCUUAAAGCUGCAGACACCGAUGGUGAUGAGAGGAUUGGCACUCAGGAAUUUGUAACCCUGGUGAUGUCGUAGACUCUACAGAACUGAAGAGAACAGACUGCCUCUUUCGCUUCUUACUUAAACUACAAAUCAAAAUACAAGGCACAAGUUUAUACAGCAGAAUCAUAUUACUAAUAACAACAUUGUAAAAGUUGCUUUGGACUUGCAGUCCAGACUGGUAUUUGUAUAAUAUAGAUGGAAUAACCUGAUCUGUAAGAGCAAUGAGAUGGGAGGAUCAAAACAAUAAAAGAUCUGUCCUUGUAUCCAA